CUGGAGCUGAGAUGAUUGACUUCCAACAACCACAACCAUCUUCCUUUGCGAUAGAAUGAAGAAGGGACCAAAACAGGGGAAUGAGGGGGAUGGGAGAGAAAAUCAAUUUUACUGAGCAUAACAGCAUUAAAGACAUAGGUUGAACAGAUCAUCAGCUCUUGAAAUAUUGUGGAAAACGGAGGGUCAAAGCCUGCUUGAAAAUGCUAAAACACUUGUUGAAUGGAGUCUUGACACAGGGAGCACGGCACCUGCAGUCAACUGAGGCCAUGGCCAGGCUGCCCGGCAGGAAGGUCCGAGUGGAAGGCGUCAGACUGGGCGGAGAGGAGUGGAAUCGCAAAGGCAGCUUCAUCAACAAGCCCUCGGAGGGCUGGCUGCACCCGGACAGCAAGAUCCUGGGCUCGGGAGUCUCCUACAUCGUCCGAUAUAUGGGUUGUAUCGAAGUGGUAAAAUCAAUGAGAUCCCUUGAUUUCAACACUAGAACACAGGUCACAAGGGAAGCCAUUAAUCGCCUGCAUGAAGCUGUUCCAGGAGUGAAAGGCGUCUGGAAAAGGAAGCCUUCGAACCAAUACCUGCAGUCAAUCCUUGGGAGAAGCAACCUGCGGUUUGCUGGGAUGAGCAUCACUAUCAAUAUCUCCAUCGAAGGGUUAAACCUGGCGCUGCCGACCACCAGACAGAUUAUUGCAAACCAUCACAUGCAAUCCAUCUCCUUUGCUUCUGGUGGGGAUACGGAUACCACAGAUUAUGUUGCCUAUGUAGCAAAGGAUCCUGUAAAUCAGAGAGCCUGUCAUAUUCUGGAGUGCUGUGAGGGAUUAGCACAAACGGUCAUCAGCACAAUUGGACAGGCCUUUGAACUGAGGUUCAAACAGUAUCUCCACAGCCCCCCGAAAGUGGUUGUUCCUUUUGACAGGAUGACCAGCAGUGAGGAGUGUACCUGGGGUGAGGAGGACGAGAUGUCAGAGCAUAAUUAUUAUAAUAGCAUUCCAGGAAAGGAACCUCCACUGGGAGGUGUUGUGGACACCAGGAGCAGACAGCGGAAUGUUCAGAUGCCGUCAUCCAGCUUGCCAGGCACUGUGCAGCUCAGUAAUCCCCCUGGGCGGGAGAUGGAUCAGAAUGCACAGGAGAAUACCAAGAACCGCAGUGAGGACCUGGGACAAUCCAUGGCAGGUGCGUUCAGUGACGGUUAUCUCCGGCCAUAUGGAAAAUCCACGUGUGAGGAGCACAUGUACGUUAACACUCAGUCCCUCGACCAGCAGGAAUGGAGCGGCAGUGAGAUGAGAGUAACUCUGAACGGAGCAUCAGGGGACACGAUGGAGAGUCCCGAGAAAGACAUGUUUGACAUGAGGCCAUUUGAGGAUGCCUUAAAACUGCACGAUGCCAAAUCCAGCAAAUGUAAAGGAGGAGGAACGGGAAUCUCGCGGUUAAAUGUCGGCACAGGCAGGGCCAUGGAGGAGGAGCAACUAAAGCGGCAAUCCUGGUAUCAUGGGAAAAUUAGUCGGAAAGUGGCCGAGAAGCUCCUGGUGUUGGAUGGAGAUUUCCUAGUGAGGGAAAGCCUGACAAACCCUGGGCAGUAUGUCCUGACUGGAAUGCACAAUAGCCAAGCCAAGCAUCUGCUACUGGUGGACCCAGAAGGAGUGGUGAGCAAGCAACGGGGCUGGAAGCUCCAGUGUCUGUGGGUUCGGACGAAGGAUUUAUUGUUUGAGAAUAUCACUCACCUGAUUAACUAUCACUUUGAGAGUGAGGUUCCAAUUGUAGCAGCCGAGAGUGAAGUUUGCCUGAAGCAGAUCAUCAAGAGGAGGCACUGAGUGCAGCUAUGGCGGUUGAUAUGAUUUGAAUAUCACCCUGGAUUCCGAAGAUAUCUGGAGGUUUCAAUUGGGAAACCGAUGUUCCCGAGCAGCAGAGUUGCUUUGAUUAUAGACUGGAGUUAAGGUGUUUACAGGAGGGGCUGAGAUUCCUCUCUCUCAUGACCAGCUUUCUCUCCGCUACUGCUGCUUUACUGGGCAUGUUGCUUACUGCAGUCAGAGUAAUAAUCACUACCUCGGCUGUCAAGAAACAAAAUUCAAUUGAACUUGAAAAUUAAUUGUUUAUAUUGAUGAUGUGUUCAGGACACAUUGUGAUGACAAAAGAUGGACGGAUGGAGGGAAUCAUGAAUUCUGGGACUAUACGUGUCUCAAUGUCAACUCCUGUACAUCUGUACAACACACACAGCGGUAAAAGGGGAUGAUUCACCUUCAGUCAGUGCUGUACGCCCUGUGUUAUGUGUAAACAUCAAAUUACAGGGAGUUAAACCAUCACCCGAGUUGGUAGGGCUGGUGCUGGAGACUGAGAGUCAGGGAGUGUCUGGGUGUGUGGGGAUGGAGUGAGCGAGGGUGGGUGGUGGUUUAUCAGAGAAAAAGGGUAGGACUAACAUGGGAUUGCACAGGGGGAGAGAUUAUCUUCAACAUCCCCACAUGGGAAACUCUGGGGAAACUAAACAACACCUCUAAUCCAUGAGACUGAGUAUAGGGAGCUUCGACACUACAGACAGGCAGCCUCGAGCUCACUGCCUGAAAGGGUGGUAGAGGCAGAAACCCUUGUUACACUUAAGAAGUAUUUGGAUGUGCACUUGCGAUGCCAUGAUAUACAGGCUAUGGGCCUAGUGCUGGAAAAUGAGAUUAGAAUAGUUAGGUGAUUGUCUGACCAGCACAGACGCAAUGGGCCGAAGGGCCUUUUUCUGUGCUGUAGACCUCUAUGACUGUGCCUCUUCUGACAUGGAUGUGAUGGCCUGAAUGGCCUCCUUGUGUGCUAUAAUGACUCUGUGUCUCCGUCCUGUGCUGGUUAGGAUCAAGAUGUCUCUUGAACUCAUCAGUGCUUAAGAUGCUGAUGGAAGAAUUCAAAGAACCUGCCCCUGUUUUACCAUCCAGAGCAUCAAGAACUCACUCCACAAACAUUUCAAAAAAAAUGAUUUGCGGACCAGGGAGGCAGGUAGUGCUGAGAGUUCUGUCUCACUUUCUCUCUCUGUCUCUGCCUCCUUCUCUCUCACUGUCUCUCUCUCACUGUCUUUCUCCCCCUCAUCCACUGUCUUCCUUGCCUGCUGCCUUGCUUACUCUCUCGGGUUCACUCACUGUUUCUCUUUCCCUGCCUGUCUGUCUCUCUUUCUCCCAUGUCUCUGAUUCUGGUGAUAUUUGUCAAUAAGAAGUUUUGUGAUUAAUCUUUGAAAUAAAAGUGAUGAUUG